AUGCAUACCAGUCAACCAACAAACCGCCCAACGGACAACACCUCAAGCCACCGCCUGAUCAUUCCCGCCACCAACGAUUCCCUCCAUGUCCAUUUCCAAUUGACCUGUCAUGUCAUCUCUUUGACACACCCCCCUCCCCCCAACGUCCCACACCCCUUCUCUUGGCUUCAAUCUCUCUCAGCUCUUGUCUUCAUUUCGUCUACGGUCUACCCCAUCCACCAGCCCCAAGCUCGUUCGAUCCGAAGAGCCCAGACGCCGGUCUCCCGGUCUCUUGGACAGGGCCCUUGUCGUCCAAGAUUCUCCGUCGCGAACCGUUCGUUCACUCUUGGUCUUGGUGUUACACAGCAGCCAUCGUCGGUCGAUCUCGUCUUUGAUUGCCUGCGCAUUCUCCGUUUCCUCAAAAGCCUCGACUCUUAUCCGUGUCUUGCUCUUGCAGGCGUCCCGGAGAAAAGAACUCUCUUCCACGAGUUCUCGAGUCUCUUUAUCAAUUUGAUAUUUUCCGCUUUCGCAUCUCUGCAAGUCGUGCAUCACCGCGUGCGUGUUCCCCCCCUCGUGGACCAUGACGGCACUCCGGUGCUCCAGGCCCCUGUCCACGGGUCCCGCCCACCCCGGGGAGCGACUGGGAAAUUCCCCGGUUCACACCCCCUCGAACUGCUUCAGGCCUGCAGCAUCAUGCAGGAAGCCUGCAACCUGCAACCUGCAACCCCACCCCGCAAUCCUGCCUGCCCCCUUGGGCUGACCGUUGCCCCGGGCCGGGGACGGCCCGCUGAUUGCCCUGCCCUGUCAAGACUGACUGCUGACGUUGCUCCGUUGGACGCCAGCUUGGACGUUUGCGAUCUGCACCCCAUCGGCUCUCACCCCCCCGGCAUCUUGGAACCAACCCGCGCUGGGGCUAACUGGCCUGGCCUGUCAUCCAAGGCAAGGGGGCAACGGGGCUCUCUUUACCUGGCAGAUGAGAUGAGUCCCGAUUCAGCCCUCUAG